AUGUUUGAAGAAUCCCGAAGCGUAAAAGCUUCAUUCUGUCCGUCUAAACCAAUUUUGAUAAUACAUGAGCUUCAGAGGAAUGCUUAUGAUGCGGAGCAGCAGUCGAAUUACGUUCCUGUGGGUCGUCGGAGCGCUGCAGAUUCGGUGCGCAAUGAAAAGAAGUACAUGCCGCUGAUUCUGAAACAAACGAAAUAUUCGCCAUCGCCAACGAAAUUGGCAGCCAGGAUGGCGGCCCGGGCCAAGCAAAAUGCAUUCGCUUCCACUGCAAUGGCACGAAAAGCGAGAUCUCGAAAUUUCAUUGACAUUGUACCACCGGCACCAAUCGCUGCGCCCAAUUUACCUAGGGAUGAUGCUGUGAGCUUUUAUUAA